AUCACUGCAAUUUUGUAAUGGGGCUGUGAAGGCUAUAUAAGUGAAGGGACAACCCAUCUCCUGAUAGUUAGAUCUUGUGGUCUCUGGGGACAUUGCUUCAACACUAAGUGUAUGGAAUAAGAUUUUCCGUGUUAUAAGAGCAGCAUGUUCACUUUGAGAAGCACAAUGUCCACUGCCUUGAGAUGUCCCUUUCUGUCCCGAAUUCCGGUCAACCAGGUCAGAAAGACGGCCAAUCAGUUGAUGACCUAUGCAGAGAGAUGUCCAGUAAUGGUACAUGCCAUGAACUACAUGUCCACUCCAGACAUGAUGACGGUGACAGAUGAGCCCUUGGAGAAGCAGUGUCCAUUCUUUGCUAAGGAAGGGCUGGCCAUUAAGGAUGUUAAGAACCAUGUCUCCUCAAUGAAGGAUGCUAUUACUAAGAAAGAAGCAGUGGCCCAGCCAGAUAUGACCGUUACCAAGGCAACAGCUGCGGAGGCUGAGAUUGCUGCCCCUAAAUACCCAUCAGGCAUCACCGUGGAGAAAACUCUGGAAUACAUGAAGCAGUGGGGGAAAGGCAACAAAAAAGAGUUGAAAACUGAAGAGGAGAGCCAGGAGGAGACAACUGAGGGUCAACAAAAGCUGUUCAACUAUGAGGAAUUCUUUGAGGGGGAGAUAAACAAGAAGAAGAAUGACCAUACCUACCGUGUGUUUAAGAAUGUCCAGCGGCGGGGGAGGGAAUUCCCUUUUGCUGAGGACCACUCCACAGGAAAGAAGAAGGACAUUACUGUCUGGUGUAGCAAUGAUUACCUGGGGAUGAGCUGGCACCCCAAGGUCAUCAACGCUGUCAGUGAAGCUCUGAAGAAGCAUGGAGCUGGUGCAGGAGGAACUCGAAAUAUUUCUGGGAAUUCCCCUCUCCAUGAAGGACUGGAGGCGGAGCUAGCUUCACUUCACCAGAAAGAGGCUGCCCUAGUAUUCACUUCCUGUUACGUAGCCAAUGACACUUCUCUGUACACUCUAGGAAAAGCUAUACCAGGUGUCCAUAUGUUUUCUGAUGCUGGAAACCAUGCCUCCUUGAUUCAAGGUAUACGGAACAGUGGUGUCCCUAAGCAUAUAUUCCGACAUAAUGAUCCACUGCAUCUUGAGGAACUACUGAGGAAAGUGGACAAGAGUGUCCCAAAGAUAGUGGUGUUUGAAACUGUGCAUUCCAUGACAGGUGAUGUGUCCCCCCUGAAUGAGAUGUGUGAUGUGGCCCACAAGUAUGGGGCUAUUACGCUUGUUGAUGAGGUCCAUGCUGUGGGCCUUUACGGUGACCAUGGGGCAGGAAUUGGGGAGCGAGAUGGAUGUAUGCACAAGAUUGACAUUAUAUCAGGAACUCUUGGGAAAGCCUUUGGUAAUGUUGGUGGAUACAUUGCCUCCUCUGCUCGUACUGUAGAUAUGAUUAGAAGUUACGGGGCAGGCUUCAUCUUCACUACAAGUCUCCCUCCCACCACUCUGGCAGGGGCACUGGCCUCCAUUAGGGUUUUGCGGAGUGAAGAAGGCAGACAGCUGAGGGAACGCCAGCAGAGUAACGUUAAAUAUCUGAGAAGUAACUUGAUGGAGGCUGGUAUACCCGCUCUUCACUGCCCCAGUCACAUUAUUCCUAUCCAUGUUGGAGAGGCUGCAUUGUGCACACAUCUAUCAGCUGAGCUCAUGAAUAAACAUGACAUCUAUGUCCAGGCUAUUAAUUACCCAACUGUGGCCCGGGGGCAGGAGCGCCUCCGUGUAGCCCCCACCCCUCACCACACCAAGGCCAUGAUGGACUACUUUGUAGCAUCAGUGGUCAGUGUAUGGAAGGAGAAUGGUCUGGAGCUAAACAGAGAGCGGUCAGUUUGUCCUGAGGAAUGCGAGGUCUGUCAGAAACCACUGGAUAUCCAGAUCUUACAGGCCGUGGAGAAAGUGUGUGGACGCUCCAACUGUACAUAUGCCUCACUCCAGGAAAACAUCGCCUUUGCUUAAAGGGAGGCAACUCAAGGAAACAGUUGGAAAAAACAUUAAAAAAUCAAUAAAAAAAGGAAAAUGGGAAAAUGUUAUUAAAAAAUAUAUAUGGGGGAAAUAUCUAAAUAAUGACAAAAUGUUGUUAUUAAAUAAGUCUUAUAAUUUUUUUUUUUUUUUUGAGAGAGAUGUGACAGUUAUUUUAUUUUUAUACUAGUAGUGAGAGAUAAUUAUUUUUUUUAUUGUUUAUCUGAAGAAAAAGUUACAAGUUUUGUCCUGAUUAAGAAAAAAGUAUCUCUAAACUGAACCUGUAAAUUAUCUUAAAGUCAGACUUUGUAGCUUUGUGUUGGUUGUAUAAUUUUGUAGCCUUCACUUUUAAUGAAGUAUAUCUUGCAAAAAUAGGUUUUAGUAUAAAUUUUAAGUUCCUAUAGGUAUUUUUUAGAAAACUAGCUAGCAUAGCUUAUUACAGCACUGUAGUAUUCCAAAAUGUGUGACUUCAUUGGGAUGAUGCAGUUAUUUGAUAAAUUUUUUUUCUGAGAGGAAUCUCAUCAUAUACUUAAAGCUAUUAUAUGUAGGCAUUUGUAUCACUGGACAUGAUUUUAAUACGUACAUUAGUCGAUGAUGAAUGAUAUACAAUCUAUGUAUACCUCCAUUGUAUCUGUUAAUAUCAAAGGCUUGGAAAACAAGAUUUGAUUUGUUAUAUUUAUAGACAAAGAUCUCUAAGUUAUAGAUUGUUGUUGUAUUCUGUCUUUAUGAUGAAAUAUAUCAGUCAUGUUCUUCCUGUUUAAUUAUUCCCCUUUUGGACACCCCUGAAGUAUUUUGAAUUGUGAAUUACAUGCUCCCUUCUUUUUUUUUUUAACUCUCAAGGAUACACAUCUAGUAUGAAUUUUAGUCAGCUCAGGUGUUUAUUUGGAGAAAUAAAUUAUGGUUAUUGUUAACUUAAUUUAAAACUAACUUAAUAUAUUUAAUGUAGUAAUUUAAGCUUUUUAUUUUAUUAUAUAUUAAAUUCAAAUUAGUGGGCAAUUUAGUUUUCGUUAAAUUUUACUCUUCAUAAGUGGUGAUGGUAUUUU